CCUAAUUUUUUGAUCUGUUCCCUACCAUUCCAAAGUUAUUUGGUUGGGGCCGUCAGUCAUCCCGUCGAAACCCCAGCGAUGGAAGCUACGCGCGACGAUCGUGAGCGGCGACAAGAACAAGAACAUGGGGAACGACGAGGAGGAGGUGAAGAAGAAGAAGACGACGAGGAGUCUGGAGUUCUGGGUCCGUCGUUUCCGAUGGGGAGGGUGAAGAAGAUCGUGAAGCUGGAUCGAGAGAUCAGCAAGGUGACCUCGGAGGCCCUCCUCCUCAUUUCCCUUUCCGCGGACCUCUUCCUCGCAUCUCUCACCGCCGGUGCACGCAUCGAGGCCCUCAAGAAGAAGCGCCGAAUCAUCAAGCUCGACCACGUCCGCUCCGCCGCCCGCGCCCACCGGCCCACCUCCCAGUUCCUCCUAGACUGCCUCCCCAAGCCUCCUCCGCCGGCUUCGAAACCAGCGUCGGGCGCUUCCAAGGCCAGAUCAGCCGAUGAGAAGCCGCUUCCUCCCGGCGCCCGCCGCAUCGAUGAUUUCCUCCGGUCAACCUCGGCGGUUCCUCGCUGACCUCAAUCGGUGAUAUGCCUGUUAACAUCUUGGAUAAGCUACAACAAUCCAGGUGCCGACUGUGUGUGGUGUCGGCUGCGAAUGGUGUCAUCGUUGGCGUCACCUCCUCGAUGGUGCUGCCGGAUGCGCACGCCCCACACGGCCAAAGCGUCUGCUUCCAGAUUUGUCGUAAAUAGAAUUCACGUCAGGGAUGAGCGUGCAAGAAAAAAAUAAAUUUGUCUUAACGAGUGAUGAGUUGCGUGUUUUAGG